GUCUCGGACUGAUUUACCGGAAGUUGCAUAAUGUUGCCAGCAACUGCUGCUCGCUUCACACAGGGAGAUUGAAGGUUUUAGAAUGGCGGCAUCUGUGGAACAGGCAUUCGACUAUGGCUUGCUUCUCAGUAUAAGAGAGGAGUCUGCCAGGCUCGCAGCCCUGAACGAGUACCUGAGCACUCGCAGUUACAUCGGAGGGUUCACCUUCUCGCAGGCGGACGUGGAAGCAUUCACACGUUUCCCUGAGCCGCCCCGAGAGCAGUACUUCCAUGUGCUGAGGUGGUACAGGCACAUAGCGGCCAUCACAGACACCAGCUCUGCUAAUUCAUGUGACACAAAGGGGAAGAGGGUUCAGCCCGCUUGGUCCCCUCCAGAAGGAACGGAGCAGCCGAGACUCCACCUGUACAACAGCCUGACUCGCAAUAAGGACGAGUUUGUGCCUCAGAAUGGGAAGCAGGUGUUGUGGUACUGCUGCGGGCCCACUGUCUACGAUGCCUCUCACAUGGGCCACGCAAGAUCUUAUAUAUCGUUUGACAUCCUGCGAAGAGUCUUAAUGAAUUACUUCAAAUACGAUGUAUUCUACUGCAUGAACAUCACAGACAUCGACGAUAAGAUCAUAAAGAGAGCCCGGCAGAACCACCUGUUUGAGCAGUACAGAGAGAAGAAGCCAGCUCCUGCACAGAUUCUGGGAGAUGUUCAGACUGCAUUAAAGCCCUUCCUGGUAAAGCUGGCAGAAACGACAGACCCUGACAAGAAGCAGAUGCUGGAGCGCCUUCACGCAGCAGUGACCUUGGUGCUGGGUCCCCUACAGGAGGCAGUGCAGAGGGGAGCAGCCGCCAGCGAAGUAGCGCCCAAGGCAGAGCUGUUACUCAAAGAAGCCAAGGACCUGCUUUCUGAUUGGUUGGAUUCCCAGUUAGGCAGUCAGGUCACUGAGAACUCCAUCUUUUCCAUCCUUCCAAAGUACUGGGAAGGUGAAUACCACCAGGAUAUGGAAGCACUUAAUGUCCUGCCCCCGGAUGUGCUGACCAGAGUCAGUGAGUAUGUACCAGAGAUUGUGGCGUUUGUGAAAAAGGUGGUGGAGAAUGGUUAUGGGUAUGUCUCAAAUGGUUCUGUGUAUUUUGACACAGCGCAGUUUGGCGGCAGUGAAAAGCACUCGUAUGGCAAGCUGGUUCCAGAGGCUGUAGGGGACCAGAAAGCACUGCAGGAAGGGGAAGGUGACCUGAGUAUCUCAGCUGACAGGCUCAGUGAGAAGAGGUCUCAGAAUGACUUUGCCCUGUGGAAGGCUUCAAAACCUGGGGAGCCAUCAUGGGACUCCCCCUGGGGAAAGGGACGGCCAGGCUGGCACAUCGAAUGCUCAGCGAUGGCUGGCUCCAUCUUGGGAGAAUCCAUGGACAUCCAUGGAGGUGGGUUCGACCUCCGCUUCCCUCAUCAUGACAAUGAGUUGGCACAGUCCGAGGCAUAUUUUGAGAACGACCACUGGGUGCGCUAUUUCCUGCACACAGGUCACCUGACCAUUGCUGGCUGCAAGAUGUCCAAGUCUCUGAAAAACUUCAUUACCAUCAAGGAUGCUCUAGCAAAACACACAGCUCGACAGCUCCGACUGGCAUUCCUAAUGCACUCAUGGAAGGACACUCUAGACUAUUCCAACAACACUAUGGAGUCUGCCAUCCAGUACGAGAAGUUCAUUAAUGAGUUCUUUUUAAAUGUGAAGGAUGUCCUGAGAGCUCCAACUAACAUCACCGGCCAGUAUGAGAAGUGGGAUUCUCAGGAAAUUGAGCUCAACAAGAGCUUUUAUGAGAAGAAGGCAGCUGUACACAGGGCUCUGUGUGACAACGUGGACACUCGCACUGCCAUGGAGGAGAUGAGGGCCCUGGUGAGCCUGGGAAACACCUACAUUGCCGCCAGGAAGAGCAACAGACAGACCCCCAACAGGAUGCUGCUGCAGAGCGUGGCAGCCUACCUCACCGAGAUGCUGAGGGUCUUUGGGGCUAUAGAUGGAGUGGAGCCUAUUGGAUUUCCUGUGGGAGGAAGUGGCCAAAAUAUGGAUCUCGAGGCCAUUGUGAUGCCCUACCUGAGCGUCCUGUCAGACUUCAGGGAAACGGUGCGAAAGAUCGCUCGGGAAAACAAAGUCACGGAGGUCCUGCAGCUGUGCGAUGCUCUGCGCGAUGACACCCUCCCAGAACUUGGAGUGCGUCUGGAGGACCACGAAGGCCUCCCGACGGUGGUAAAGCUAGUUGAUCGUGAGACGUUGCUGAAGGAGAGGGAGGAGAAGAAACAGGUGGAGGAAGAGAAGAAGAGGAAGAAAGAAGAGGCGGCCCGGAAGAAACAGGAACAGGAAGCAGCAAAACUAGCAAAGAUGAAGAUCCCACCAAGUGAAAUGUUCCGCUCAGAAAUUGACAAGUACUCGAACUUCGAUGACAGUGGUUUUCCCACGCAUGACGCGGAGGGCAAGGAGAUCAGCAAAGGACAGACAAAGAAGCUGAAGAAACUGUAUGACGCUCAGGAGAAGCUUCACAAGGACUACCUGGAGAUGGUUCAGAACGGAGGGAGCAGCUGAAAGUGUCCCCACCAGCGAAGCUAACGGAGGAUCCCUGAGAUCCAGCCAGGAGCACUGUCACCCCUGAUCCCCCUGACUGCUCCAGCUGGGUUAGCAGGGACUCACAUCAGCGUCUGAGCAACGGUUUGAUCAAAGUGAAAGCAACGCCAUUCUCCAUUUUGUGAAACGGAUCUGUAAACAAAUAGUUAUGAAGUAAACGUCUGGUGCAUAUACAGUAUGUGUCCAUCUUUGAAAAUAAUUUUAUGGAAUUAAAAUAUGGUAUUAAAAUCAUUGCAGUUUUUCAUUUGUUUCAUAUAAUUUUAUAUGACCAAACCAAAUCCUAAAUAAAAUAUACUUUAGUAUUUGUGCAA